AUGGGCAACGAGGCCAGCCUGGAGGGCGGCGCUGGCGACGGGCCGCUGCCGCCCGGGGGCUCCGGCCCCGGCCACGGCGCGGGGAAGCCGCCUUCAGCACCGGCUGGUGGAGGACAGCUCCCGGCGUCAGGCGGGGCGCGGGCAACCGCCGGACCACCCGGUCCAGGCCCCGGGCCCGGUGCCGGCCCGGGCACCGUUUCCAGGAGACUGGACCCCAAGGAGCCCCUGGGUAGCCAGAGAGCAGCUUCCCCAACCCCGAAGCAGCCUUCUGCUCCUGCUCCCAGCCGUGAGAGCCCCCAGGAGACGAGGGCACAGGGCCCAGCAGGCCAGGAGGCUGAUGGCCCCCGCAGGACGCUGCAGGUAGACAGCAGGACGCAGAGAUCAGGGCGGUCCCCCUCUGUGUCACCGGACAGAGGCAGCACCCCCACAUCACCCUACUCCAUCCCCCAGAUCGCCCCCCUUCCCAGCAGCACGCUGUGUCCCAUAUGUAAGACCUCGGAUCUCACGUCAACCCCCAGCCAGCCAAACUUCAACACCUGCACCCAGUGUCACAACAAGGUCUGCAACCAGUGUGGGUUCAACCCCAACCCUCACCUCACCCAGGUGAAGGAGUGGCUCUGUCUGAACUGCCAGAUGCAGAGGGCUCUAGGGAUGGACAUGACCACUGCGCCUCGCUCCAAGAGCCAGCAGCAGCUGCACUCCCCAGCCCUGUCUCCGGUCCACUCCCCAGCCAAACAGCCCCUGGGGAAGCCGGAGCAAGAAAGAUCACGGGGCCCAGGGGGACCACAGCCUGGCCCCCACCAGGCUGAGACAGCCAGGGCCACCUCAGUGCCGGGGCCUGCCCAAGCAGCUGCCCCUCCGGAGGUGGGGAGGAUGUCUCCUCAGCCCCCUCUCCCCAUCAAGCCUUCCACAGCUGAGCCCAGGCCACCUGCAGGAGAGGCCCUGGCCAAAAGUGCCACCACAGCACCCUCUGGGCCUGGUGCUGCUGAGCAGACCCAGGAGGGCCUCACUGGGAAGCUCUUUGGCCUUGGUGCAUCGCUGCUGACCCAGGCGAGCACCCUCAUGUCUGUGCAGCCUGAGGCCGACCCCCAGGGCCAGCCUGCCCCCAGCAAGGGGCUGCCCAAGAUCGUCUUCAGCGAUGCCAGCAAGCAGGCUGGCCCAAGACCUCCAGGCUCAGGGCCCGGGUCUGGGCCAGCACCUGGAGCCAAAACUGAGCCUGGAGCUAAAACAGGUCCUGGAUCAGGGCCUGGAGCCCUGGCGAGAACUGGGGGAACAACCAGUCCAAAGCAUGGCAGAGCAGAACACCAGGCAGUGGCCAAGGCUGCUGCCAAGCCAAAGACCAUGCCGAAGGAAAGGGCCACCUGCCCACUGUGCCAAGCUGAGCUCAACGUGGGCAGCAAGGGCCCCGCCAACUAUAACACCUGCACCACCUGCAGACUCCAGGUGUGCAACCUGUGUGGCUUCAACCCGACGCCCCACCUGGUGGAGAAAACCGAGUGGCUCUGUCUGAACUGCCAAACUAAGCGGCUGCUGGAGGGCAGCCUGGGAGAGCCGACCCCACUGACCCUGCCCGCCUCACGGCAGCCCCCUGUAGGGGCCCCUCACCAUGCAGCUGGAACAGCCCCUCCGAAGCAGAAAGGGCCACCAGGGCUGGGCCAGCCAUCAGGCCCCCCACCUGCCAAGGCCAGUCCCCUGCCCACCAAGGCCAGUCCCCUUCCUACCAAGGCCAGUCCCCAAGCCAAGCCCCUCAGGGCUUCUGAACCCAUCAGGACCCCGAGCAGUGCCCAGGAAAAGAAGACAGGAAUCCCAGCUAAAGCUGAGCCGGUGCCGAAGCCACCUCCAGAGACUACCCUGCCCCCUGGGACUCCUAAAGCAAAGGCUGGGGUGCGGAGGACUGAACCUGCCACCCCCGUCAAGGCGGGGGUUCCAGAAGCCCCCAAGGGUAGGGAGGCGGAGGAGCCGGUGGGCAAGCCUUACUCUCAGGACCUGUCUCGGAGCCCGCAGAGCCUCAGCGACACAGGCUAUUCCUCCGAUGGUGUCUCCAGCUCCCAGAGUGAGAUCACAGGCAUUGUGCAGCAGGAGGUGGAACAGCUGGACAGUGCAGGCGCGACAGGGCCACGCCCGCCCAGCCCCUCUGAGCUCCACAAGGUGGGGAGCAGCAUGAGGCCUUCGCUGGAGGCCCAGGGCCCGGCCCCCAGUGGUGAGCGGAGCAAGCCACCCUACGGCAGUGGUGAGGAGCAGAAGCGGCGGCCCCACUCCUUGUCCAUCAUGCCCGAGGCCUUCAACUCGGAUGAGGAGCUGGAGGAUAUCCUGGAGGAAGAAGACUCUUCGGAGUGGGGGCGCCGGAGGGAGCAGCAGGACACGGCUGAGUCCUCAGACGACUUUGGCAGCCAGCUGAGGCACGACUACGUGGAGGACAGCAGUGAGGGUGGCCUGUCCCCUCUUCCGCCCCAGCCCCCAUCCCGGGCAGCAGAACUGACGGAUGAGGAGUUCAUGAGGCGGCAGAUCCUGGAGAUGAGUGCCGAAGAAGACAACCUGGAGGAGGAUGACGCUGCCCCCGCUGGGCACGGCCCGGUCAAACAUGGCUCCCAGAAGGGCAGCCCCCGGCCCAGGCCCGAGCCCAGCCAAGAGCCGGGAGCGCUGCCCAAGAGGCGCCUGCCCCACAACGCCACCACGGGCUAUGAGGAGCUGCUUUCCGAGGGAGGCCCAGCAGAGGCCGCAGAUGGCACUGGGGCUCUGCAGGGCGGGCUCCGCCGCUUCAAGACCAUCGAGCUCAAUAGCACGGGCAGCUACGGCCAUGAGCUGGACCUGGGCCAAGGCCCCGACCCCAGCCUGGACCGGGAGCCCGAGCUGGAGAUGGAGAGCCUGACAGGCUCGCCUGAGGACCGCUCCCGCGGGGAGCACUCCUCCACACUGCCGGCCUCCACGCCCAGCUACACCUCGGGCACCUCGCCCACCUCCCUGUCCUCGCUGGAGGAGGACAGCGACAGCAGCCCCAGCCGCCGGCAGCGGCUGGAAGAAGCCAAGCAGCAGCGCAAGGCCCGGCACCGCUCACAUGGGCCCCUGCUGCCCACCAUCGAGGACUCCUCAGAGGAGGAGGAGCUGCGGGAAGAGGAGGAGCUGCUGCGCGAGCAGGAGAAGAUGCGGGAGGUGGAGCAGCAGCGCAUCCGCAGCACGGCCCGCAAGACCCGGCGUGACAAGGAGGAGCUGCGGGCCCAGCGGCGGCGUGAGCGCUCCAAGACCCCCCCCAGCAACCUGUCACCCAUUGAGGAUGCCUCCCCCACGGAGGAGCUGAGGCAGGCGGCCGAGAUGGAGGAGCUGCAUCGUUCCUCCUGCUCCGAAUACUCGCCCUCACCCUCCCUUGACUCAGAGGCUGAAGCCCUGGAUGGUGGCCCCCCUCGGCUCUACAAGUCAGGCAGUGAGUACAACCUGCCCACCUUCAUGUCCCUCUACUCUCCAACCGAGUCGCCCUUGGGCAGCACCACCACUCCCAGUUCCGGCCGGCCCCUCAAGAGCGCUGAGGAGGCCUACGAGGAGAUGAUGCGGAAGGCCGAGCUGCUCCAGCGGCAACAAGGCCAGGCAGCAGGGAGCCGUGGGCCCCAUGGUGGCCCCUCUCAGCCCAUAGGCCCCCGGGGCCAGGGUUCCUUUGAAUACCAGGACACCCCAGACCAUGACUAUGGUGGGGCUGCUCAGCCGGCCUCGGAGGGCACGCCAGCCAGCCUGGGAGCAGCCGUGUACCAGGAGAUCCUUCAGACGUCACAAAGCAUUGCCCGCAUGCAUCAGGCCUCCUCACGGGACCUGGCCUUUGCUGAGGACAAGAAGAAGGAGAAGCAGUUUCUGAAUGCCGAGAGUGCAUACAUGGACCCAAUGAAACAAAAUGGCGGCCCGCUUACCCCUGGUACCAGUCCCACCCAGCUCGCCGCCCCUGUGUCCUUCUCCACCUCCACCUCCUCUGACAGCAGUGGGGGCCGAGUCAUUCCCGAUGUCCGUGUUACUCAGCAUUUUGCAAAGGAGCCUCAGGACCCCCUCAAGCUGCACAGCUCUCCUGCCUCCCCCAGCUCUGCCUCCAAGGAAGUAGGCCUAACCUUUACCCAGGGCCCUGGGACUCCAGCCUCCACAGCUGUGGCUCCUUGUCCGGCUGGCCUGCCACGAGGGUACGUGACUCCGACUUCCCCAGCAGGCUCUGAGCGCAGCCCUUUGCCCUCUUCCACUGGCCACAGCUAUGGACAGAGCCCAACCACUGCAAACUAUGGGUCUCAAACUGAGGAGCUACCCCAGCCCCCCCGUGGCCCUGCUGUCAGUGGACGGGCUGCCAGAGAGAAACCCCUGAGUGUGAGUGAUGGCGAGAGUGGCACCCCGCAGACCUCCCGGGGAUAUUCCUACUUUGCAGGCUCCAGCCCCCCUCUCUCUCCAUCUUCUCCCUCAGAGAGUCCCACAUUCUCCCCUGGCAAGCUGGGCCCAAGGGCCACAGCAGAGUUCUCUACACAGACGCCAAGCCUGACCCCUGCCUCGGACAUGCCACGGAGCCCUGGUGCCCCCACCCCGACACCCACAGUGGCUCAGGGCACACAGACGCCACACCGACCCAGCACGCCUCGCCUGGUAUGGCAGCAGUCCUCUCAGGAUGCCCCCUUUAUGGUCAUCACACUGGCGUCAGAUGCCUCCAGCCAGACCAAGAUGGUCCAUGCCAGUGCCUCCACCUCCCCAGUGUGCUCACCCAUUGACACCCAGCCCACCACCCACAGCUACAGCCAGACAACACCUCAGCUGCCCCCAGAGCCACCUGGGCCACCUGGCUUCCCACGGGCAGCCAGUGCUGGUGCAGAUGGGCCCCUGGCACUAUACGGCUGGGGCGCCCUCCCUGCUGAGAACAUCUCCCUGUGCCGGAUCUCCUCUGUCCCUGGAACAUGUAGGGUCGAGCCCGGCCCCAGGCCCCCUGGCAGUGCCGUGGUAGACCUUCGCACAGCCGUCAAGCCCACGCCCAUCAUCCUCACUGACCAGGGCAUGGACCUGACCUCUCUUGCUGUGGAAGCAAGGAAGUACGGCCUUGCUCUGGAUCCAAUCCCAGGACGGCAGUCUACCGCUGUACAGCCUUUGGUUAUCAACCUCAAUGCUCAGGAGCAGACCCAUGCCUUCCUCAGUACCGCCACCACCGUGAGCAUCACCAUGGCCUCAUCUGUGCUCAUGGCUCAGCAGAAGCAGCCUGUGGUCUAUGGAGACCCCUUCCAGAGCCGGCUGGACUUUGGCCAGGGUGCGGGUAGCCCCGUGUGCCUGGCCCAGGUCAAGCAGGUAGAGCAGGCCGUCCAGACAGCCCCGUACCGUGGUGGGCCCCGAGGAAGACCCAGGGAGGCCAAGUUUGCCAGGUAUAACCUGCCCAACCAGGUGGCACCUCUGGCCAGAAGGGAUGUUUUGAUCACUCAGGUGGGCACUGCCCAGAGUGUUGGCCUCAAGUCAGGCCCAGUGCCAGAGCCUGGUUCCGAACCCCAUCGGGCCACCCCUGCAGAGCUGCGGUCACACGCCUUGCCAGGUGCCAGGAAGCCACAUACAGUGGUGGUGCAGAUGGGAGAAGGCACAGCAGGCACUGUGACCACACUGCUCCCAGAGGAGCCGGCAGGUGCCCUGGACCUCACUGGGAUGAGGCCCGAGAGCCAGCUGGCAUGCUGUGAUAUGGUCUACAAGUUCCCCUUUGGCAGUAGCUGCACAGGUACCUUUCACCCCGCCCCCAGCGCACCUGAGAAGAGUGUGGCAGAUGUUGCCCCACCCAGCCAAAGCAGCGGCCCCUUCUACAGUCCCCGGGACCCUGAGCCUCCCGAGGCCCCCACCUACCGGGCACAGGUGGUCGGGGGGCCUGUGCCCCAUGAGGAGCAGAGGCCCUACCCACAGGGCCUCCCUGGCAGGCUGUACUCCUCCAUGUCCGACACCAAUUUGGCUGAGGCUGGCCUCAACUACCACACCCACAGGAUUGGUCACCUCUUCCAGGGCCCUGGACGAGACUCAGCCAUGGACCUCAGCUCACUGAAGCACUCCUACAGCCUGGGCUUUGCAGAUGGACGCUACCUUGGGCAGGGCUUGCAGUAUGGUUCAUUCACGGACCUACGUCAUCCCACAGACCUUUUGACUCACCCGCUUCCCAUGCGGCGCUACAGCUCAGUGUCAAACAUCUACUCAGACCAUAGGUAUGGCCCACGGGGAGAUGCAUCUGGCUUCCAGGAGGCCAGCCUGGCCCAGUACAGCGCCACCACGGCCCGUGAGAUCAGCCGUAUGUGUGCUGCCCUCAACUCCAUGGACCAGUACAGAGGGCGGCGUGGCAGUGGUGGCGGUGGCCCCGACCUCAUGCAGUAUCAGCCCCAGCCGGGGCUCAGUGCCCCGCAAGGUCUGGCUCCCCUCAGACCUGGCCUCCUUGGGAACCCCACCUUCCCGGAGGGCCACCCAAGUCCUGGGAACCUGGCCCAGUACAGGCCUACAGCAGCCCAGGGAACAGCAAUCAGACAGCUGCUGCCAUCCACAGCCACUGUGCGUGCAGCCGACGGCAUGAUCUACUCGACUAUCAACACUCCAAUCGCUGCAACACUGCCCAUCACCACCCAGCCUGCCUCAGCACUGCGGCCCAUGGUGCGUGGUGGCAUGUACAGGCCUUAUGCAUCCGGAGGAGUCACAGCCGUGCCACUCGCCAGCCUGACACGCAUGCCCAUGAUUGCCCCCCGGGUACCUCUUGGGCCCACAGGGCUGUACCGAUAUCCUGUACCAAGUAGAUUCCCCACUGCUUCCAGCGUUCCACCUGCUGAGGGUCCUGUCUACCUGGGGAAGCCUGCCGCUGCCAAGGCCCCAGGGGCUGGGGGCCCACCAAGGCCAGAGCUGCCAGCAGGGGCUGCUCGGGAAGAGCCUCUUUCCACAGCCACCCCUGCUGCUGUCAAGGAGGCUGUAGCAGCCCCAGCCCCAGCCCCAGCCCCAGCGGCUGGCCAGAAGCCGCCAGUAGAUGCUGCUCCUGGGGGCGGCAGUGGGGCCCUCAGCCGGCCAGGGCUCGAGAAGGAGGAAGCAUCACAGGAGGAGAGGCAGCGGAAGCAGCAGGAGCAGCUGCUACAGCUGGAGCGAGAGCGGGUGGAGUUAGAAAAGCUGCGGCAGCUGCGGCUGCAGGAGGAGCUGGAGCGGGAGCGUGUGGAGCUGCAGAGGCACCGCGAGGAAGAGCAGCUGCUGGUGCAGCGGGAGUUGCAGGAGCUGCAGACCAUCAAGCACCACGUGCUGCAGCAGCAGCAGGAGGAACGGCAGGCUCAGUUCGCCCUGCAGCGGGAGCAGCUAGCACAGCAGCGUCUGCAGCUGGAGCAGAUCCAGCAGCUGCAGCAGCAGCUGCAGCAGCAGCUGGAGGAACAGAAGCAGCGGCAGAAGGCUCCCUUCCCUGUGGCCUGUGAGGCACCCGGUCGAGGGCCUCCCCCAGCUGCCACAGAGCUGGCUCAGAAUGGCCAGUACUGGCCACCCCUGACCCACGCGGCCUUCAUUGCCGUGCCUGGGCCUGAGGGGCCUGGGCAGCCUCGUGAGCCCGUGCUGCACCGGGGUCUCCCCAGCUCCGCCUCGGACAUGUCACUGCAGACUGAGGAGCAGUGGGAGGCAGGCCGCAGUGGCAUCAAGAAGCGGCACUCCAUGCCACGCCUGCGGGACGUGUGCGAGCCAGAGUCAGGGCCUGAGCCCUGUGUGGUCAGGAGGAUUGCAGACAGCAGCGUGCAGACGGAUGAUGAGGAUGGAGAGGGCCGCUACCUCCUGACCCGGCGGCGCCGGGCACGGCGGAGUGCUGACUGCAGCGUGCAGACGGACGACGAGGACAGCGCCGAGUGGGAGCAGCCAGUGCGCCGCCGCAGGUCCCGUCUUUCCCGCCACUCAGACUCUGGCUCCGACAGCAAGCACGAUGCUACUGCCUCAUCAUCCACUGCCGCCCCCGCCAUGAGGGCCAUGAGCAGCGUGGGCAUCCAGACCAUCAGCGACUGCUCCGUGCAGACAGAGCCUGACCAGCUGCCCAGAGUCUCUCCAGCCAUCCACAUCACAGCUGCCACCGACCCCAAGGUGGAGAUCGUCAGGUACAUAUCGGCGCCAGAGAAGACUGGGCGUGGGGAGAGCCUGGCCUGCCAGACGGAGCCGGAUGGGCAGGCCCAGGGUGCGGCCGGGCCGCAGCUUGUAGGGCCAACUGCCAUCAGCCCCUACCUGCCUGGCAUCCAGAUCGUCACCCCAGGGCCCCUGGGCAGAUUCGAAAAAAAGAAGCCAGAUCCCUUGGAGAUUGGAUACCAGGCCCACCUGCCCCCGGAGUCCCUCUCACAGCUUGUGAGCCGCCAGCCUCCCAAGUCCCCCCAGGUCCUCUACUCACCAGUCUCACCCCUGUCCCCACACCGGCUCCUGGACACCUCCUUUGCUUCCAGUGAGAGGCUGAACAAGGCUCACGUGAGUCCCCAGAAGCACUUCACGGCUGACAGCGCUCUCCGCCAGCAGACGCUGCCGCGCCCCAUGAAGACCCUGCAGCGGUCCCUGUCUGACCCUAAGCCCCUCAGCCCCACCGCCGAGGAGUCUGCCAAAGAGAGGUUCUCCCUCUACCAGCACCAGGGGGUACUGGGUAGCCAGGUGUCGGCGCUGCCACCCAACGGCCUGGUCCGCAAGGUGAAGCGGACACUGCCUAGUCCCCCUCCAGAGGAGGCUCACCUGCCCCUGGCUGGCCAGGCUCCCCCACAGCUGUAUGCGGCCAGCCUGCUGCAGCGUGGGCUGGUGGGGCCCACCGCUGUCCCUGCCACCAAGGCCAGCCUGCUCCGGGAGCUGGACCGGGACCUGCGGCUGGUGGAGCACGAGUCCACCAAGCUGCGCAAGAAGCAGGCAGAGCUGGACGAGGAGGAGAAGGAGAUCGACGCCAAGCUCAAGUACCUGGAGCUGGGCAUCACCCAGCGCAAAGAGUCUUUGGCCAGAGACCGGGGUGGCCGUGACUACCCGCCCUUGCGUGGUCUCAGUGAGCAUCGCGACUACCUGUCAGACAGUGAGCUCAACCAGCUGCGGCUCCAGGGCUGUGCCUCUCCGGCUGGCCAGUACGCAGACUUCCCUGUCACUGCCGCUGCUCCUGCCACUCCCUCCGGCCCCACUGCUUUCCAGCAACCCCGGUUCCCACCUCCGGCGCCACAGUACGCUGCAGGCAGCGGUGGGCCAACACAGAAUGGAUUCCCAGCCCACCAGGCACCCACCUACCCUGGCCCCAGCACGUACCCAGCACCUGCCUUUCCUCCUGGCGCCAGUUACCCUGCUGAGCCUGGCCUGCCAAGCCAGCAGGCUUUCCGUCCCACAGGCCAUUAUACAGCCCAAACACCCAUGCCAACCACACAGAGCACCCUUUACCCAGUCCCGACUGACAGCCGUACCCCCCACCAGAAGCCACGCCAGACAUCACUAGCCGACUUGGAGCAGAAGGUGCCCACCAACUAUGAGGUGAUCGCCAGCCCUGUCGUGACCAUGUCUUCAGCCUCGUCUGAAACCAGCUAUAGUGGCCCAGCAGUAAGCAGCAGCUAUGAACAAGGAAAGGCCCCUGAGCUGCCACGGGCCAGUGACCGUAGUGGUGUGAGCCUGAGCCCAGCCCCCACCUACCCCUCUGACUCACACUACACCAGCCUGGAGCAGAAUGUCCCUCGGAACUAUGUGAUGAUUGACGACAUCAGUGAGCUGACCAAGGAGAGUGCUUCCACUGCCCCUGACAGCCAGAGGCUGGAGCCCCUGGGGCCGAGCAGCAGUGGGCGUCCAGGGAAAGAGCCAGGAGAACCAGGUGUCCUUGAGGGGCCCACACUGCCCUGCUGCUAUACCAGAGGGGAGGAAGAAUCCGAGGAGGACUCCUACGACCCCCGUGGGAAGAGCGGCCAUCACAGGAGCGUGGAGAGCAAUGGCCGACUAGCCAGCACCCACUAUUACAGUGACAGUGACUACAGACACGGGGCUCGAGCAGAGAAGUAUAGCCCAGGCCCCGUGGGGCCCAAGCAUCCCUCCAAGAGCCUGGCCCCGGCUGCCGUCUCCUCAAAGCGCAGCAAGCACCGGAAGCAGGGCAUGGAGCAAAAGAUCUCCAAGUUCUCACCUAUCGAAGAGGCCAAGGAUGUAGAGUCAGACCUGGCCUCCUACCCCUCCCCUGCAGUCAGCAGCAGCCUGGCCUCUCGGGGCAGGAAGUUCCAGGACGAAAUCACCUACGGGCUCAAGAAGAAUGUGUAUGAGCAGCAGAGGUACUACGGGGUGUCCAGCCGGGACCCAGUGGAGGAGGAUGACCGCAUGUACAGUGGGAGCAGCCGGUCCCAGGUGGCAUCUGCAUACAGCGGGGAGAAGCUCUCCAGCCAUGACUUCAGUGGCCGGGCCAAGGGAUACGAGCGGGAACGGGAGGCUGUGGAGCGACUUCAAAAAGCGGGCCCCAAGCCCUCAUCUCUGAGCAUGGCCCAUGGCCGGACCCGGCCCCCCAUGCGGAGCCAGGCCUCUGAAGAGGAGAGCCCCGUCAGCCCUUUGGGGCGGCCCCACCCUGCUGGGGGCACCCUCCCCCCGGGGGACACCUGCCCACAGUUCUGCUCCAGCCACUCCAUGCCUGACGUCCAGGAGCACGUCAAGGAUGGACCACGGGCCCACGCGUAUAAGUGUGAGGAGGGCUACAUCCUGGAUGAUUCCCACUGCGUAGUUUCCGACAGCGAAGCGUAUCACCUGGGCCAGGAGGAGACAGACUGGUUUGAUAAGCCCCGGGAUGCCCGCUCUGACCGGUUCAGGCACCACGGGGGCCACGCAGUCUCCUCCUCCUCCCAGAAGCGAGGCCCUGCCAGGCACGGCUACCACGACUACGAUGAGCCCCCCGAGGAGGGCCUGUGGCCACACGAUGAGGGUGGCCUGGGCCGCCAUGCUUCAGCCAAGGAACACCGACACCAUGGUGACCACGGGCGGCACUCAGGCCGCCACACUGGCGAGGAGCCGGGCCGGCGUGCUGCCAAACCACACGUUCGAGACCUGAGUCGCCAUGAGGCCCGGCCUCACCCUCAGCCCAGCCCUGCCCCAACCGUGCAGAAGAAGGGUCAGCCUGGGUACCCCAGCUCUGGUGAAUAUUCACAGCCAUCCCGUGUUCCAUCAGCUUACCAUCAUGCCUCUGAGAGCAAGAAGGGCUCCCGGCAGGCCCACUCAGGGCCUGCUGCACUGCAGCCAAAGCCAGAACUCCAGCUGCAGCCGCAAGGUCGGCAGGCAGCUCCAGGUCCACAGCAGUCACAGCCGCCUCCAUCCAGGCAGACGCCCUCAGCAACAGCAUCGCGCCAGCCGCAGACACAGCAGCAGCAGCAGCAGCAGCAGCAGCAGCAGCAGCAGGGUCUCGGGCUACAGCCUCUGCAGCAGGCCCCUUCGCAGGCCCGCCUGCAGCAGCAGGGCCAGCCAGCUGCCCGGGGUCCGGCCCCCGCUGCCAGCCAGCCAGCAGGGAAGCCUCAGCCAGGGCCCUCAACAGCCACAGGCCCCCAGCCAUCAGGACCACCGCGGGCAGAGCAGGCGAACGGCUCUAAAGGGACUGCCAAAGCACCCCAGCAGGGGAGACUUCCUCAGGCCCAGCCACCACCAGGACCUGGACCUGCAGGCAUGAAGGCUGGAGCCAAGCCUGGAGGGACCCCAGGGGCUCCUGCCGGCCAGCCAGGUGCCGACGGGGAGAGUGUGCUCUCCAAGAUCCUCCCUGGUGGGGCAGCAGAGCAGGCCGGCAAGCUGACGGAAGCUGUGUCUGCUUUUGGCAAAAAAUUCUCCUCCUUCUGGUGACCAUGCCCUGCAGGGCUCUUGAGGAAAUGAAGGGAGAUGAUAUCAUUGCUGUGGAAAAAUCUCUGGAGUCAGAGGCCUGGGCGCAGCUCUGGACUCUGCGUAUAACACAUCUACAAUCUGGCAAACCUUGGCCCAAAGACUCACACCAGGUGGGACGUGGCAGGCGGGCCUCAGUUGAGGACGGGAUGUUUUCUAACAGCAGCUGCCGGGGUGAAACAUCUGUUGGUCAAGUGGGACCAUUGGCCCAGGGGGACCUGUGAUUGUCUUUCCAGAGACCCUGCUCUCCUCAGGGCACCACCUUCAAGGCGUAGCCGUCGUUGGGAGGCAGGAACCCUCUCUGCAGGCCCUGCCACACGGCAGUCUUGCUGCUCUUCCCACAGCCGCCUUCUGCGGCCUGGCCAGCCAGGCUACCAAUGCGUUAUACACAGAGUUUGGGCGCGCGCAGCCUGUUUUUGACGGACACUGCCCUCCCUCCACAAUGCCAGAAGUUUUUCCACAGCCUUGGAGAGGGGCUUUGACUGAGGGCUGGGGGCCCCGGGCUCUGUUUCCUUCACAUUCCAGCUGGCUCAGAUCCCUCUGUGGCCACAGGGCCCUGCCCCCUUCACCCUGCCCCCUGGGUGACACCGGAGCAGACUUCCAUGUGGCUAGCGUGGGAUUGGGAGAACUUUACAAACAUUAGGACCUAACACUGUCUCAUCGCUGAAAUAAGAGGCCAUAGCACCGAAAAGCAGCGUGGGCGCUGGCUGAGGCUUCUCCCAGUCCGUGGGUGGCCGCGUGCUAGCACGCCCGCCACUAUCUUCAAAGCCAUCACCCCCAGUCAUCGUGAGCAUCCCAGCGGCACCACCAUUGUCUCGACCAGCCGGCUCCUCGUUCGUACACCUGGGGAUUUCUUUUGAUUUCAAGAACAGCCUUAAUCAUUUCAGUUUGAUUUAAGUGUAUACCUCAUAAACAUUGUUCUUUUAUUUCUCCCCCGACCCUUUCUCUCUUCGCUCUCUCGGCUCACCUCCUUGCCUCUCCCCUCCACCACCACCUUGUGACUGAUGGUUUGGUUCCCUCUCUGCUCUGCCCCUGCUCAGCACAGGGAGAAUAUUGACUUAGAAGCAAUAGUGGGCAGCAGGCCACCAAGAGCACAACCCCAGGGCGGGGUCUAGGGAGGCCCCUCAGCCCGCCUCUGUUUACCGUGCAACUCCAGUCCUUCUUAAGCCAUCACCAGUGGACAUGCUCAGAGCAGAGGGGCCAGGGCUUCUGCCAGCCAAGGGAAGGGCCCAGGGCCCUGCGCUGGGGAGUGUGGCGCUGUCCAUCCACCUGGUGGACUGGGCGGUGUUCCUCCCUGAGGCCCUUCCCUUAGGGGCCUCCCUUCACCUUGGGCACAGCCACAAGUCUCAUCUCUAACGUUCUAUGCAAUGAAAUAUAAACCCUCAAAGACAACUGUUAAUAUUUAUUAAAUUCCGUGUUAUGUAUAAGGAGUUAAUUGCAAACCUGCAAUUGAGAAACUGGAUAGAUAUGCUCAUAUCAAACCCCUCGCUCCCUUCCCCCUCCCCCGCUCCCACCGUGUGUGUGAAAUUCUCAGUCUGUGGCAUGUUCGACCUGUGGCAGGACUCGCUGCUGCCAGGCGAGUCACCGCCUGUCCCGCAGUGGAGCAUGCACAGCUCGCAGCCUCUUUGCACGAUUUCAUCCAUUUUCAAUGCUCGACCCUCUUGC